ACUCAACAUUAAGAGCGUUUUAAUCCGCCCUUUUUAUAUCAGUUUACGACUCUGAAUCUGAAGACACAGAGAGCGAGGCUGGAAGAAGAGUGUGUGUGUGUGUUGUGUGUGUGUGUGAGAGGAUGAUCAGCAUGCAGUGGUGGGCUCCGCUCGUCGUUGUUUACCUGUCUAUGUACCUGGAAGCCAGUCAGCACCGUAGAAAAGCUCUGUAUCCAUCUGCCUAUAGGAUAAAGCGUGGGACCUAUUCACUGAUCAACCCAGUGUUCCAACAAACCAUGGAGGAUGUAAACCUGCUCUUUGAGAUCCUUCUUGCCGGAACGCAGAUCCAAGACGGCGACCACGCCAUGCUGAUCCCAGACCAGGAGCUGGCCUCUCUACGGAGCGUGGAGAAGCUGGAGGUCAUCUGCGACGACGUCCUGCCCAAGAGGCUCUCGGAAAUCCGUCAUCUGACAGCGGAGCUCGCUCUGCGCCGGCAGCGCCUGAGCCUGCAGGACUUUGAGAGGACGGUGCUGACUCUGGUUUACGGCGCUCAGACUCUGGCUAGAAUCAGGGACCAGCAGCAGAGACGGGUGUGGACAGACUCUGUGCUGCAGCUGUUCAGAGCCAUUCAGAAAGAUCUCAGACCCCCUUGAGGUGUUCUAUGUGUAGCCGUUUCAUAGAAAAACUUUUUGCAGUAAGUACCCAAGUAAUCCUUAUAAAGACACCAAUUAUCUCUUCAAAUACCAAGCUUGCAUUCUUCAGAUCUGAUUUGAAUGUCUACACACUCCAAAGUGAAACUCGUGUGUCUGUCCGAUGUAAAAAAAGACACUUGAUAAAUACAAAAAAUGAAACCUGCAUUUUUUUUAACGGCCAGCAGGGGGAGACUCCACUUGUUGCCGGAAGAAGUUCCAUUGAAAAAUAACAACAGAUGAAAAAUUGACACUAAUGAUGAUGAUGAUUUAAGUUCGCAACCACUUGUUUAACGUCUCCUGCAAAAAAUCAAAGCGUUUAUGUUACUGCCCCUUUAACACCGAAACAAACAAUGAAGCAGGGUGGGCUUAAGGGCGUGGCUUCAUGUGAUUGACAAGUCUCUACAGCAGCAGCAGGGAUAUGCCACAACCCAAAUAUGGCCAUAUCUAGCUCCAGGAAGAAAACUAAACAUUAUGGCGGACAUGGAAUGCCAAACUUGAAGCUUCAAAAUGUUAGUCAACAAAUCAAAGGGAUGACAUCACAACUGCUAUGUCCACUUCUUAUAUACAGUGUAUAUAUCAUCGUUAAUAUUUUUACAUGUACGUAAAGAUGAACUAUAAUGGAUUGAUCCUCAGUAUUUUAAUCUGGAUCUAUCUAUAAAAAAUGGUGUAUUUCAUU